AUGACCGUGGAAGGGAGGCCGCUGGUAACGUUCCGUCAGCGUACUUUCACUCACGGCAACGGUGAGCCAUCGUCAUCCUUGUCGUGCGUCCAUGUCUCGCAGCAGUGCUUCUCCGACUGCGUCUGGGUUCUCGUCACGGAGGAUGACACGUGUGCGCCUGGUGUGGUGCUGCGCCACGACCCUCACGAAAUGGGGUUAGGGUCCCAUUGGGAGAACCCGAAUGCAUUGCCGUCGACGCCAUGCGAAUGUCUUCUGGGGAUGCGGGACCACCCCCUCACGAACGUCGUCGCCGGCGUCAUUGCACACGCCAUUCAUUCGGAUGGGGAGCAGCGGCCGCUGUUGUUGUGCAUUAGCCUCACGAAAACGGCAAAGCGACUGGAGAACUCAACGGAAAGAAUGGCAUUUGUGCGGAAAGUAAGAGACGAAGUGAUGUUACUUGCCACUGGGCAGAGUUGA